GCUAUAGUGCACUGUAUAUCCCAAACACGUUGGCAUUGGUUUGCAAUACAAAAACAAAACGUUUCACACAUUCAGUGGUGAAUCGUAUCUCCGAUUAAACACACGUUUCGUUAAUCGCAUUGAAAAUCAACGCAAAAAAAGUUUUCAAAACUUUUGCCACAGUUUUCCCAUUGAUAUCAAGAGCUCGCGAGUGGAUAGGGAGGCCAGGGAUGUCAGCCGAUAGCGAUUACCGGACACAGUUGAUGGAGUUGGCGAACCGGGAGGCCCGGGAGCUGUUACUUAACGGCCAGAAGAUUGGCAAACAGGUGACCGCCGAGGGAGGGGUGCUGUCGGAGCUGGUGUUCGCCAUCAAGUCGUUGAACUUCUUGGAGGUGAUCCGAUGCGAGCCGUUCACCACAUUGUCACCGAUGGUCAGGUGUUUGGAGGCCUUGCAGUCGCUGGUCCUCCACAGCAAUGGCCUCACAGCUGUUCCCACCGAAAUCGGUUCGCUAUCGAAACUCAAGUUCUUGGACCUGAGCCGCAAUCAGCUGACAUCCAUACCCGACUCCAUCGGCCAGUUGGCAACACUGCAGACCCUGAACGUGGAGCACAACCAGCUCGCGGACCUCCCGGACCUGUCCGGACUCAAGUCCUUGCUAUCCGUGAAGCUGUCGGGCAAUCGGUUGACACGAUUUCCAUCGAGUCUUUGCGUGGACUCAUCGCUGCAACACUUAAGCGAAAUACACGCCAACUGUAACCAAAUCGCUGACAUUCCCCCCACUAUUAGCAAACUGCCGGCCCUUAAGCACCUGGACCUCAGCUCCAACGCCCUGCUGGCACUGCCCGGACAGUUGGGCGACUGUUCCAAGAUUAAAGUCAUCGAUCUUAAGAAUAACAAACUAAAGGACAGGCGUUUAGUGAAACUGAUAGACCAGUGCCACACCAAACAGAUCAUGGAUUACAUCCGGAGUCAGUGCCCGCGCACUACUAGUAGUCAAAAGCCGAGCGCCGGUACCACUGAUGGCGAUGACAGCGCCACCGGAGGCGAGAAAUCCGGUGAUAACAACACCGACAGCGCCGGCGAUAAGGUGAGGGAUGCCUCGCAAGACAGGCGCUCGAAGGCCAGGGAUGCCCGUAGGCGCCGGCGCUCGUCAUCCCGUUCCCCGCGCACGUCCGAAAGCAGUGAUAAGCCGGCGCUCGACACGAUUAACGUGUUGGCCGUCCAGUCGGACGAGUGGUUUAAGGCGACGACAACGCCGGCGGUCCACGAGUUGCGCAAAAUAGUGGUCUGUCUGGUGAGGGGCGUGGAUCUGACCCGCGAGGGCACCAUCAAGAGGUUCCUCGCCUUGCAGACGGGUACGCGCCAACACGCGACUAUAGCCACACACGACUUGUCAAAGAUAAUCGGCCGCCAAAUCCACUUUGAUGUGCGGCCGCCGACCAAAAUACGGCUCAUUCCCCUCAACCGACCCAAAGAGAUGUCGGCGCAGGAGUUGUAUAAACAGCUGAACGAAGAGGCGGAGGCCUACCGGAAGGAGAAGAAACGGCAGUCCUAUUCAGGCAUUCAUAAGUACCUCUUCCUCCUGAAGGGUAAACAGCGGUUCCCCUGCGUUACGGACGACAAGCAGACCGUUAUAUCCCUACCGCCGCUCAUCAACUCCGAGACUACGAAGAUAACGGAAGAGACGAAAGACAUGCUUCUGGAGGUGACGGGAGAGUCGGUGCCCACCUGUCGGAAGGUUAUGGACGCCCUAUUGCACGGUAUGCUUAAGUUGGGGCUGAGCUCGCAGUCCCUGUCCACUGGCGCCGAUAAUGCUAAUGGAGAGGUGGUAGCGGUGACCGCGGGGCUACAGGCGCUCACCAUACAGCCCAAGGCGUUGACU